GGAUAUCGAUUCCAUUUUUUUUGCGGACCUGCAAACAUGAAGUUGGGAAGGUGUCAACGCGCAACACAUAAUCCGCGGUGUUUCAACCAAGCGUUGCUUGUCUUUUAAUUUGCUAUAAAUAUACAUACACGUAUAGAAAUAAUACACCUUUCGAUCUGAAUCUAAAAGACGGGCUAAAUAAUUUCGAGAGAUAUAAUUUUAAGAAGAAAAGAAGGACACACCGAUUUCAAAAGCAACGAAGAUCCAACUCGUCGCGAAUCGUUUCGUAUUCUCAUUCUUAUCUGUCUUACUCUCCUUCGCCGCGACGAAUCUAAACACUGUUCGUGCCAGGACACAAAAUUGUGAGGAGUAUAAUAGAAUUAACGCCCUGUCUGUUUUUCUGGAAAAGGCAGAACGAGAGGAACAGGAGAAGGUAUUGCCGCAGCACGUGGACGUACCGAAAGGCAAAUUGGCUGCAGCUCUCUCCGGAAAAAUUACUUUUCAGUAUCACUAAAAAGUCGCGACGAAGGAAGAGCAGACAAACGGAUGAUUGUAACGGUUCUCUGUUGAGUAAGGAUGGAAAUAAGUGCUCAGAGGAAUACAUUUGCAUGAAUACUUGUGCAAAAACGCGUCUCGCUAAAGUCGACGGCGAGAAACUGCCAGAAGUUACGCGGGAUCUGAAAGCGCAAGGCGAUCAAAGCAAGAACAAUCUGAAUCCUCAUUGUAACAAAUUCAACGGCAAUCGAAAAUUACAAGCCGAUGCUGUUUUGAAUAAAAGUGAAGCGAAGCCUUCUAACAAGGAUGUCCUGGCUAAAGAAAAACGCGAUAUUAUAGCGGAAAAUAUAACGAAGCAGGGAAAGAGAUCACAUGUGAGUCCUGUAAAAAGAAUUCCAGCGACAAGCAAUUUCAUCUAUGAAUUUAAUUCAUUCGUCGAUGCCGAACAAUCACGUCCGUUAACGUCGCAGACUCAUUUGUUGCGUAGGAAUAAGUCGGAGCAAACACUGCCUUACUCUAAGACAGAUAAUACUACGUCACACAUCAAAUCUGCGUUAAAUCAUGCGGACCUUGCAAAACGGAAGUCGUCUACCGUCUUGCCGGAAUUAAAUUCGCGUAUCGAUUUCGUGACAGUUGAUCCAGAUUCGAAUGUAACAAAUUUUUCGCUGGCAAAAAAUACUUACCUACCUACACUUGGCAGAGAGGAUUCGAUGAGAACGCUGAACAAACAAAUCGAAGAGUACGAGCGAGGCGAUAUAGAUCGCGAAGUAGAGAACGUGAAGUCGGCAUGGCAAGCGUUACGAGAGGAAAAAAGCUGGACGAAGGGCAAGGAUCGCAUCGACAGUGUCCGAAUGAAAAAAUUAUACGAGACACUGGAGAAGAUGACAUCUAAGAUAGACAGCGUUCAGAGAAAUUACAUGGAUCCCAAGGCGAAUCAUUACUUGCGCAGAAGCGCGACCAGCGUCCUCCGAGCGAGCAGCAAGCCGAGCUUGCAGGAGGAGGCCGAAAUUGUGAGAAGCAUAAUUUUUCCCGACAGAAAAGGAUCGACAGCGAGGAUCAGAUCGGCAGUCUCUCGUCUGCGAAACGUCGACAGCGAAAUAAUUGACAAUGAUACAACGAGGGCACGAGUCGACGAAGCCGCGGAAAAUAUUUCCGCGGAUAUACAGCGGAAUAAAAAUUUCCCUACUGCGAAAAAGCGGUCCGUAUACACUGAAGCGCACGACGUCGCCAAUGAUAUUAGAUCAAUUCGUGCAACUGCCUCGAAUGCUUGUAAUAAAAAACAAGAUACAGCCAUUGUAAAUGUAGUGAAGCCGUUUACGGACGAUGGCAAGACGAGGGCGAGGAUCAAAUCGUCCAUCGAGGAGUAUCUGCAGCAUUACAGCGACAAUAUUCACAAACCAGGUGUCGAGGGGAAAGAGGAAGAAUAUCCUCGAGAUGUGAAACCGUCGGCAAGCGACAUCGCGGAUAUUCUGGCGAGUCACAAUAUUGGCUCGCACGUGCUGUACGAAAAUUUCGAGAGACACAGCGACGACUACGAUUCGACGGAGGAUUACACGAGCGAGAACGACGCAGAACGCUUUUGCUCGAAUACCGUGACUAAUGCCACACAAGCGACGUCUGUUGAUAUUAGCCAAGAGAAUAGAAGAAUUCGUGACGAUACUUCUUUUGAGAAUUAUACGGGAUUACGUGACAAAUCCCACGAUGCACGAUCGACGAAAGCGGUCGACGCGAGAUCUCUCGGUACUCGGAGACAGUCGAGCGUGACGAAUUGCCAAGAUAACGCCUUCAUUGAAAUGGGAUUAAACAAAAAUUUAUCGAGAGACACGCUGUCGCAAAUACUGCAAUCGGAAUACUUGAGAAAGGACUUGUCUUUAUAAUCCGUCUUAAUAUCCGCUGCAGAGAAAAAUCAUUAUAUAUUUAUUGUAUUAUUAAACAUUUCUAAAUCGUUAUAUAUAUAUUUUUUGAAUUGUUUGGAAUUUCGUCAUUUCGUAAGUCUCGUUCUCGUCUUCCGCAAUGCACACAGGCGAAUAAGAUCGUCUCUCCCGUAUAUCUAAAAUGCUUUAAGAAAUAUAUAAAUGUGAAAUGUUAAAA